AUGGGUUGUACCUCCACCUUCCAAUUCUCAAUUCUCUUUUCCCUCCUCUUGGUUUCAUUUUUGGGUGUUGAAGGGAAACUUCCCCAAUCAUGCAAGACUUAUGAGUGUCCAACCUAUGAUGUCAUAGAAGAGGGCCAGGGUUAUGAAAUUCGUCGCUAUAAUUCACCUCAUUGGGUUUCUACCUCCCCAAUUGAGGACAAAUCUUUGGUUGCAGCUACAAGAAUAGGCUUCAGCAGGCUAUUUAGUUAUUUCCAAGGGAAGAACAAUAGGAAGCAGAAGAUAAAGAUAACAGCACCUGUGACGAGUGAAGUGUCAGUGAGUGGAGGAAAGUCCUCAGUUGUUGUGAGCUUGUAUUUGCCUAGAGAGAUCCAAAGAGACCCACCUGCAGCAAAUGGUGUGUAUGUUGGAAGAUUCAAAACUUCAUCUGUGGCAGUGAGACAAUUUGGUGGAUUUGUGACAGCUUCUACUGUUAGCCAGCAAGUUGCUGCCUUGAAUGCCAGUCUUGCAGGCACCAAAUGGUCUGCUACUCCUCCAAAAUCUUACAUUGUUGCACAAUACGAUCCUCCUUUCAGAUUGUUGGAUAGAGUGAACGAGAUAUGGCAUGCUUUCGCCGACCCCAAUUUGGCGAGAAAAGUGAAGGGUGUGGGACGUUGUGACCUUCGCUGGCAACCAUGGAAAGUGGUCUCCGAACGCUGUUUCGCGAAUGCUCGCAUUGGGAUUUCGACCCUUCACUUCAAUUGCAGUGCAAUGCAAACAAAUAGUGCUAUAAACCAAACACAACCUUAUUCAUUGUAA